AUGUCCCAGCACCUGGACUCGGGCAUUGUCCCGUACGACGACAAGGACGAGAAGAAUGCGACUGUCACGACGGCGGUUGUUGGACCUCCCGUUGCUGAAGACGAUGUGGCCAAGAAUGACCUCGAGCUCGUGAGCGCCGACCUCGAGGAUCUCGAGAUGAAGGCCAACGCCAUGUCCAACGAGCGGGCCCGACACAUCAUUGCAAAACUGUACAAGAUCCACCAGCACGACCAGAACUUUCCCCGCACAGCCCUCGACAGGAUGCAAGAAUUCCUCAACAGGCCCGAGCACGAGACGCAGGAACUCGCAAAGACCAACUCGCACGACGAGCUGCUCAAGGAGAUGAAGCUGGAGGCUGUGCUGGCCACCGACAACUCGCCGUACCUCGAGGUCCGCGCUAAUGUUGACCCCACCGACGACCCCACCCUCCCGUCUCUCACUUUCCGUGUUCUUAUCCUCGGUACCCUCCUUUCGGGACUCGGCUCUUUCGUCGACACACUGUUCGCCAACCGCCUUCCCUCGGUGUUUAUCAGUGCCAAUGUCGCCCAGUUGAUUGCGUAUCCUUGCGGAAGGUUUAUGGAGCGCGUCCUGCCCACGAAGAAGUUUACGACGUUUGGCAGAGAGUGGUCGUUCAACCCCGGUCGCUUCAACGCCAAGGAGCACAUGUUGAUCGCGAUCAUGGCUAAUGUCUCGUUCUCGUCUGGCUACACGAACAGUAUCAUCCCCACGCAGGCCAUGCCCUUCUUCUUCAACAUGGAGUUUGCCCGCUCUUUUGGCUACCAGUUCCUCAACACGGUCGGCUUCACCUUUGUGGGUUACGGUCUUGCCGGCCUGACCCGCCGUUUCCUCGUCUACCCUUCAGUAGCUAUCUGGCCCUCUGCCUUCGCCCAGAUCGCGCUUAACCGCUCGUUCCACACUGAGAAGAACGAGCCCGUAAAGGGCCCAUUCGGCAUCUGGCGCAUCUCACGCGAGAAAUUCUUCCUCGUGACUUUCAUCAUGAUGUUUGUCUACUUCUGGUUCCCCGGUUACCUUUUCCAGGCCCUCUCGUACUUUAGCUGGAUGACGUGGAUUUCGCCCAACAACGUCAACCUCGCGGCCAUCACCUCCUUUGCCGGCGGCAUGGGCCUCAACCCAUGGCCCACAUUCGACUGGAACGUCCCAAACGCCAACGGUACCAUCCCCCUCACCCUCCCUACUUUUACCAUCAUGAACCAGUUUAUUGGUGUCCUCCUGGCCGCCCUCGUCUCCAUUGCCUUUUGGUACUCGAACGCCUGGAACACUGGAUACCUCCCUAUCAACUCGAACAAGACGUGGUCGAACGCCGCAACCCGCUACAACGUCUCCAAGAUUCUCGACGUACACAGCAACUUUGACAACGCAAAGUACCAGCAGUACUCGGAGCCAUGGAUGGGCGCCGCAUACAUUGUCUGCUUCAUCCUCUACUUUGCCAUGUAUGCUGCGACUCUCAUGUACGUCAUCCUGUACCACCGCCACGACAUGGUCAUGGGCUGGAAGAGCCUUAAGAAGACGUUCCGCAACCCGUUCCGCAAGAACCGAAACGCCGUGGCUGUGGACGAAGAUGAUGACCUCUUCUUCGAAGACGUCCACAUGCGCCUCAUGCGAGUAUACCCCGAAGUUCCCGAGUGGCAGUACCUUAUCGUCCUUCUGAUCGCCAUGGCCUGUGGCAUGAUCGGUCUCGGCAUUUACCCGACCGAUGUUUCUCCCGCAAUUGUACUCUUCGGUGUCAUCAUGCCUCUUAUCGUCAUUGUGCCAUGUGGUUUGAUCCAGGCCAUCACCGGCAUGCCCAUCCCCCUUAACGUUCUUGCAGAGUUCAUCGGUGGUGCCAUCAAGCCUGGAAGCGCAAACUCGCUCAUCUACUUCAAGACGUACGGCUACAUUGCCGCCUAUCAGGCACUGGCCUUUUCCUCGGACCUCAAACUUGCCCACUACCUCAAAAUCCCUCCCCGCCACACUUUUGCCAUGCAGAUCUGGGCAACCGUCAUCUACUGCUUCAUCUGUGCAGGCCUUCAGAACUACAUCCUGGGCUUCAAGGACGUAUGCACGUCGGCCGCAAAGUUCGGCAUGAGCUGCCCCGGCGCCAACACGUUCUUUACCUCGGCCGUGUUCUGGGGCACCCUUGGUCCAGUGCGCCUCUUUGGUCCUGGAAAGCGAUACACCCUCAUGCUCCUUGGUUUCCCCAUUGGUCUCGUCACCGUCCUGGCCUACUGGGCUCUGCGUAAGGCGUUCCCCAGGAAGGAGUGGAUCCGCCAGCUCCACCCCGUCAUGAUCUUCAACGGUGGUGCAUACUGGGGCCCACCCCUCAACAUGUCCUACUUUAUUGGCAACGUUUACAUCACCGUCUUCUCGUUCCAGUUUAUCCGCAAGCGAUACACCGCCUUCUGGGCAAAGUACAACUAUGUCCUCGCAGCGUCGUUCCCGGCCGGUAUCGCUAUUGCCGCCCUGGUCAUUUUCUUCGGUACGGCCAUCCCCAAGGACGGACUGUAUGCCACGAUCGAGUGGUGGGGUAACGAUGUCCUCGGCGUCGGGUGCGAGGGGGGCGGUUGCCCACGCCUCACGCUCCCCAAGGGCGAUGUGUUCGGUGCGCCUGUUGGCAGCGGCAAGUUCACGUAA